GAAGAGCCGAUUCCGUCGUGAACAACACACCAGCUUUUACGUAAGAGAAGAGCCUGGGACUUUGUACUCUUCGUACUUCGACGAAAAGUCGCAUUGUAACGCUUCUCGACUUCGACUAGAACACACAUUAGUGUUACAACUUGGACACCUGCAACAUAAGGACCCCAACGCAUUAGUUACAAACUCUGGGUGACAGUCCGGGACAAAAUAUGCAGACUUUCGAGAACAUUAAACAGGCCCUCUUCAAUCUAGACCACUACAACCUUAAAGUCUUGGCCGCAUCCUCUGUUGGAAUUGGGGGCCUUUUGUGCUACUUAGCAUUGAGGAGAAAGCGAAAGACAAUCCCAUUUGGAGAUGGCUGGUGGAGGGUGGGAGAGAAGCCCCCCAGCGAAGACACAACUAUACACUCUUUUGUUGUGGAGACAUCUGAGGAAAUGAUACGGGAUCUUUACCAGCGUAUUGACCAGACAAGAUACACAGACAGCCUGGAAGACUGUCGAUUUCACUAUGGAUUUAACUCUGACUAUCUCAGAAAGGUAGUUUCAUACUGGAGGAAUGAGUUUGACUGGGAGAAACAAGUCAAGGUGCUUAAUAAGUACCCUCACUUCAAAACCAACAUUGAGGGAUUAGAUGUGCAUUUCAUUCACGUGAAGCCCAUCCAGCGUGCAGGGCAGAGGGUUCUGCCACUCCUCAUGGUGCAUGGCUGGCCGGGUUCCUUCUUUGAGUUCUACAGGAUCUUGCCCAUGCUCACCAACACUGAGGAAGAUGUUGUCUUUGAGGUGAUCUGUCCCUCAAUCCCAGGAUAUGGCUACUCUGAAGCCCCGCACGUGAAAGGGUUUAAUACCAUGGAUGCGGCCCGUGUGUUCCAUAAGCUGAUGGAGAGACUGAACUUCUCAGAGUACUACCUCCAGGGAGGAGACUGGGGGGCCUUUACCACCUGCAACAUGGCUCAGAUGAAGCCAGAGUGUGUGCGGGGUCUUCAUCUGAACAUGAUCGCCGCCCAAGCACGAGGCCUUGUGACGGUCCUCUCUCUCCUCAUUGGACGAUACCUGCCCUUCCUGGUGGGCUUCACCAGAGAGGAUGUCCACCGAAUCUAUCCUUACAUGCAAAAGAAUGUGUACGAACUGCUGCGAGAGUCUGGAUACCUGCACAUCCAAGCCACCAAACCUGACACUGCAGGCUGUGGGUUAAAUGAUUCCCCAGUGGGUCUGGCCGCCUAUAUUUUGGAGAAAUUCAGCACAUGGACAGAUUUUAAAAACAGGGAUCUCAAGGAUGGGGGUUUAGAGAGAAAGUUCAGUCUGGACGAUCUCCUCACCAAUGUGAUGAUCUACUGGACUACAGGGUCCAUCAUUCCAUCUAUGCGGUUCUACAAAGAAAACAUGGGUACAAACUUUCAAAAAAGAGUGGACAACAUAACUAAAAUAUAUGUCCCAGUUGGAUUAGCAGCAUUCCCUCAUGAGCUGAUGCACUGUCCCAAGACCUGGGCCUACUCCAGGUUCCCAGACAUUCGCUCCUACACUUACAUGGCCCGCGGGGGCCAUUUCGCAGCAUUCGAGGAGCCUGAACUGUUGGCCAAAGAUGUGAUGCAGUUUGUGAAGAAGGUGGAAAAGAAGAGGCUCAAAUAAAGUCCUGCAGGCUAGAAUGCAAGUGGCUCAUGCAAUUACAGUGUGCAAGACUCUAAGGAAAAUGAAUGAUGUUACAGUAAUGUAGCUGUAUAUUCAAGCUAAUAUGAUUAAAAUGGGGAACCUUU